AUGGAGGCGGAUGCAGACCAGAAGCGCCACCGCACACGCUCGAAAGGGAUCCGAGUCCCCAUAGAACCAGUAAUCCAAGAACUCUUCAGUUGUCCAACUCCUGGUUGUGACGGCACAGGCCACGUUAGUGGAAAAUACGCGAGGCACCGAAGUAUUUAUGGAUGUCCCUUGGCAAAAAAACGGAAAAUACAGGACAAGCAACCAAGUGAGCCAACUCCGAAGAGAAAACCAUUCUUAGUGAGGACAGACAACUCUUCUGUAGAUGAGUGCUAUGAGACCGAUGGUACGGAGGAACUGGAUGAGAAAGAUGAGGAAUAUUCUGAUGAAAAUGAUGAUCAAGAGGAAGAUGAGGAAGAGGAGGAAGAUGUGGAAGCAGAAGAGGAAGACGAGGAUGAAUUAGAUGAGGAAGAUGAGGAGGAUGAAGAGUAUGAAGAUCAGAGUAAUGAACAAGAAGACCUUCAAGAAGAAUCUGAUAAUAUCAGGAGAAACCAGGACAUUGAGAAAGAUGAUAACAACAAUGAUGAAUAUGACAAUUAUGAUGAGCUUGUUGCAAAAUCAUUAUUAAACCUGGGAAAAAUAGCUGAAGAUGCAGCAUUUAGGGCUAUGACAGAAUCUGAAAUGAGUGACAGCACGGCACGUGGCCUGGAGGAUGAUAGUGACACUAACGGGAGCAGGGGUAGAAAAACAAAUAAAAGUGACUCCUGCCAGCUGAGUUUGGAUGUUGACAGUGAUGUUGUUAGGGAAACAGUGGAUUCCCUUAAACUUCUGGCACAAGGACAUGGUGUGGUACUUUCAGAAAAUGCAAGUGUUAGGGGUCGCAUAGAUGGUUUAAUACAGAAUGAAAUUAGAAAUGUGAACUUAGGAUCAUGCAAGUCCACCAAUGAUGGUAUGGAAAAGACUGUUGAUGAAAGUGAUGAGGCUGUUUGCUUGAGCAGUCUUGAGUGCCUAAGGAACCAAUGUUUUGACUUGGCUAGGAAGCUAAGUGAGAGUCAGCAUGAGGAAAGAAACCAGCAACAUCAUUUUAGUGACUGUCAACAGAACAGACCUGAUGAUGACAUCACAAGAAGGAUGUCAGAUCGGAACUAUUCGGAUAUGGUUAACCUGAUGAAGCUUGAGGAACAGCUUAGUCCUCGUUCUAGAGCUUUCUCUUCUGGUGUAAAGGAAGAAGAAUCACAUGACAGAGAUGAUGACACUGGCUCAGUCAAAUCUGACCGGUCUGAGGAAGUGUUUGAUAUGACCAAGGGCAACUUGACUUUGUUAGAAAAGGCGAUUGCACUGGAAACAGAGAGGGCGAAGGCGAUGAGAGAAAAAAUGGCAAUGGAAACUGCAAAGAGAGAUGCAUCAGAUCAAAUUCCAAGGCAUCAUGUCGGAGAUGAGAAGAAGUCUAGAUCCUCUGAUGGUCAUGUUAAAAAGCCAUACUACCCGAAAGAGUCGUCGAGGCCUGAAAAGAAAGAAAGCAAGUGCCCCACGCCAGGAUGUGAUGGAACCGGACAUGUCACAGGCCUUUACCCUCAUCAUCGCAGCUUGUCAGGCUGUCCACACAAAGACAGGGUUCCUCCAGAAAUUCUUGCCAUGCAUGAAAAUGUGCUUAAGUGUCCUACACCAGGCUGCACUGGGCGAGGCCAUGUAAAUAGCAACAGGAAUUCUCAUCGAAGUCUCUCUGGAUGUCCCAUUGCUGCUGCAGAGAAGCUGGCUAAAGCUCAAGAAAAGCAUCAUAACAACGAAGCAACAAAAUCUAACCAGGGUUCUGAUCGUGUACUAAGGCCUAUGUGUUUUGUUAAGCAGCUCGAGAUACCACAGUACGGCUACAGACACAAUGUCUCCACCACCACACCUCGGUCCAACUUGGCAAAGGAACUGGAGAAAUACUCUAAGACUACUUUUGAAUAUAACAAUUAUGACAACCAAGCUUUUGGAAAACGAGCUAUUGCUCCCAAAGUUCAGACUAGGGAUGCAUCUCCCAAAGGUUAUGACGAUGCAAAGCGGUUUUGUAAGAACUCCAGUUCAGCCAGCAGCACGACGAGUAGCUAUGCUCCCAGCAGUAGCAGUAGCAGUGUCAGCUGUGGUGGAGGCAGCAGUGCUAGCAGCACUUCGAGCAAGAGCAGCUUCGAUUACACACACGACAUGGAGGCAGCACACAUGGCAGCCACGGCCAUUCUGAAUUUGUCCACCAGGUGCCGAGAAAUGCCACAGAACCUCUCGACCAAGCCUCAGGAUCUGUGUGCGAGGAAUCCUGAGAUCGAGGUGGAUGAGAAUGGAACCCUAGAUCUGAGCAUGAACAAACAGAGGCACAGGGAUGGCAGCUCUGGCAGCAGCACUGGACUGCUGACUCCAUUAGAGCCAAUGUCCCCACAGCGACAGAACAUGAUGGUCAACAAGUGCUAUACAAUGAACGAGGCUGAUUGCUGGGACUUUCCGGUAGACUACACCAAAAUGAAACCUAGGACGAUGGACGAGGAGGACCCCAAAGAGGUAUUUCCAGAAGACAUGGAUCCAUUUCAGGAAAGCCUGGAAGAACGAAGGUAUCCUGGUGAGGUCACAAUCCCAAGUCCCAAACCUAAAUAUGGACAAUGCAAGGACAUCAGCAAAAAAGAUCUCAUAACUCUGUCCGGCUGUCCCUUGGCUGACAAAAGUAUUCGAAGCAUGAUGGCCACCAGCUCACAAGAACUCAAGUGUCCGACCCCUGGAUGUGAUGGAUCUGGGCAUAUCACUGGAAACUAUGCUUCUCAUAGGAGUCUUUCAGGCUGUCCCCGAGCAAAGAAAAGUGGAAUCAAAAUUGCUCAAAGCAAGGAUGACAAAGAAGAUCAGGAGCCCAUCAAAUGUCCUGUUCCUGGAUGUGAUGGUCAAGGGCAUGUGACUGGGAAGUAUGCAUCACAUCGGAGUGCGUCAGGGUGCCCGCUCGCUGCUAAGCGACAAAAGGAUGGCUACCUGAAUGGCUCACAGUUUUCGUGGAAGUCUGGGAAAACGGAAGGCAUGUCCUGUCCGACUCCAGGAUGUGAUGGUUCGGGACACGUAAGCGGCAGCUUCCUUACCCAUCGCAGUCUGUCGGGAUGUCCAAGAGCGACUUCUGCAAUGAAGAAAGCAAGGUUGUCGGGAGAGGACAUGUUGACGAUAAAGCAACGAGCCAGUAAUGGGAUAGAGAAUGAUGAAGAAAUCAAGCAGCUGGAUGAAGAAAUUAAGGAAUUAAGUGAAUCUAAUUCUCAAGUGGAAGCAGACAUGAUCAAACUUAGAACCCAGAUCACAACAAUGGAAAAUAACUUAAAAACGAUAGAAGAGGAAAACAAAGUAAUUGAACAACAGAACGAAUCCCUUCUGCAUGAGUUGGCCAAUCUCAGUCAGUCUUUGAUCCACAGCUUAGCCAACAUUCAAUUGCCUCACAUGGAUCCAAUAAACGAACAGAAUUUUGAUGCCUAUGUGACGACUUUAACGGACAUGUAUACAAAUCAAGAUCGUUACCAGAGCCCAGAAAACAAGGCCCUUCUGGAAAACAUAAAGCAAGCUGUGAAAGGAAUUCAGGUCUAA